AUCGAAAUCACCUUUCAUUCUGUGAUCGAUCGCACUCGUGGUUGGUUGUGUGUCUCGCAACGGUGCGCGCGGUUCCUCAUUUGCAGUUUUCAGGUUCUACUAAGGAGGAGAUUCGGAGGAUUUCAGUGCGGCUCGAGCUGUGUGUAUGUGUGGGAUUGUGUUGUGCUAAGUGAAGUUACUGAGAAAUAUUUUAAGAAUGAAUUACAAACUAGUGGUUUGGUUUUGCCUCCUGGUGCCACUGGUGGCAGGCGCAGCACAAGAGGACGGCCUGAGAUCGCUGCUGAUGCGGAGGGGACGCCAGGGACACAAAGCAUAAUUUCAUUCAUCACAGACGUAAUCGCUCCAUUAAUGCAAAUCAUGUUCAGCACAAUUCACGUUCAUCUCAUCAUAAAUCCAUCGUUGAUAAUCAAUGUGGAAUACAAAAGAGGCAAAGGUUUGGUUGCAUGACUGACACAGAAAGGCUGCUUUUAGACGCUGAGCUCAAUAAUAUCGCGCAAAGGCAUAACGAGCAGUUGCGACAGCUAGCAUUCGGGAAUUUCACGUCCUUCAGCGAAUAUUUGCUCGAUAACCUGAUGAAGAGUAAUACGGCGGUAAAACUAGCUUUUGCGCAAGACUUGGAAGUACCUAGCAGUGGUAGUAGCACUACCAGUGAAAUCCCGUUUUAUGACGAAGUCGUCGACGAGGUGAAAACUGCUGCUGCUGUCGCACCUGGUGUCGCUACUAUUCACAGCUCCAAGUCUGCCCGGCCAACGUCACUAACACUAGACAAAAAUGCAUACGAGCUCCCGAUUAAAGUGUGGGGUGAAGUUUACAAACACGAAGAUCAAAGCCGACCUGGAAUUCCGGUCGCAGACAAUCUCACCCCAACGCCAGAACCGGCCGAGCCUGUUGAUGAUUCUGCUGCUUCAACGAGUACCACCCCAGCUUCGCUCCCGAAAAAGGGUCUCCAUCCGCUGCUAGCGCGAAAGAAAUUCCCAUUCUCCCCAAAAGAGAACAAGGUCAAGGCUGCUGACGAGCCUGCUGGUUCCACAGCUGCUCCGGCUGCUGAAACAUCCGAAUCUUCCACAUCGGGUACUACACGUCGCGUACGACCAACUCGCCCAGGAGUGUCCGCACGUACUACUGUCAGCCGAGUAACCACUCCACGAACCCCCAGAACUACUACCAAGCGAGGUCAAACCACGACAGAGUCAACCCCAGCGCCUACCUCCCGUACAACCAGAGCCCGUCGAGGACGCCCAACACGCCCGGGAAAACCUGGAGUAGCCCUGCCAGAAUCCAGCACGGCUUCGACAACCACAACCACUACUACGGAGCUAACAAGUCCUUCGACGACGACGACGACGACUACCACCACAACGACCACUCCAGCAACCACAACCACCAGCAGCAGCUCGACAUCUACGUCAACCUCGACCUCGACAGCUGCCUCGUCGUCGGAAGUAGCCGCAUCCUCCUCGCUACCCGCGGCAUCAUCUUCCACUCACAACGCAGCUGACGAGACCCUAUCGGCUGCUCCGACUAAUACCGUACCUGUGGCUCCCGUUUCCGAUGAAGUUCCGCAUGUCCACGCAGUUCCAAUCGCACCUGCACCCGUGGUAGAACUGCAAGCCGAAGAUACGAACGAAACUAGCCUGGAGUGAUACUGAGUACUGAGUCUUGCCUAGCUAGAUUAUAUGUCCUGCUGUGCUGUUCGAAUAUCUAUCUAACUGUGCUAGGGUAAGCGCGAGUCAUCGACGAGGAUAUUGAGUCGUUUGUGAGUUGAAGUGUUAAUGUUUAGUAGAGGCGCAAUUUUGUGAUUAUAUUUAAUCGAGUAUGAAUAAAGCUGUUUUGAUGUAUGUUUAUAGUAA